AUGCCGCCCCUCGCCCAGACGGCGUCCAAGGCGGUCGGCUCGUCGAUCGUCAGCACGGGCAGCUUCGAGGGGCGGCCGCCGAACCCGGACCAGAUCCGGCUGGCGCGCAAGCUCAGCUCGCGCGUCGUCCAGAUGAUUGCGCUGGCCGGCACCAUUGGCACGGGCCUUUUCCUGGGCACGGGCAAGUCGCUCGCGGCGGGCGGGCCGGCGUCGCUGCUCAUCUGCUACGCCAUUGCCGGCUUCGUCGUGUACCUCACCAUGCUCUCGCUGGGCGAGAUGGCGGCGCUGAUGCCCAUCUCGGGCUCGUUUGGCAUCUACGCCAGCCGCUUCGUCGACGAGUCGUUUGGCUUCGCCGUCAUCUCAAACUACUGGCUCAACGACGCCGUCUCGACGGCGGCCGACCUCGUGGCGGCCCAGAUCCUGCUCCAGUACUGGACGCCCAACGAUGUCUUCCCCGGCUGGGCCAUCUCGCUCAUCUUCCUCGUCUUCCUCGUCGCCGUCAACGUCGUCUCGGUGCGCGGCUACGCCGAGCUCGAGUACCUCCUCUCGCUCCUCAAGAUCGCCACCAUCAUCGUCUUUAUCAUCGCCGGCAUCGUCGUCAACGCCGGCGUCAACGACACGCGCUCCUACCUCGGCUUCCGCUACUGGACCGUCGGCGACGCCCCCUUUGUCGGCGGCUUUGGCGGCUUCGCCAGCGUCUUUGUCACGGCCUCGUUUGCCCUCGGCGGCACCGAGAGCAUCUGCAUCACGGCGGCCGAGACGAAGAACCCGACAAAGACGAUCCCAAAGACGAUCCGCAACGUUUUUUGGCGCAUAGUGAUCUUCUACAUUUUGAGUCUGCUCGUCAUCGGCAUCGACAUCGACUAUCGAAAUCCGCGCCUAACGGGUUCGGGGGGCAAGAACGCCAGCAUCUCGCCCUUUACGCUCGUCUUUGAGCAGCUGGGCAGCAACGUCGCGGGCAACUUUAUCAACGCCGUCGUCAUGACCUCGGUGCUGUCGGCGGGCAACCACGCCCUGUACGCCGGGACGCGGCUGCUCCACUCGAUGGCCAUCAACGGCCAGGCGCCGGCCGUGUUCGGCCGCGUGUCCAAGACGACGCACGUGCCCUGGGUCGCGCUGCUGGCCACGUCGUCGAUCUCGGGCCUCUGCUUCGGCUCGUCGUACAUCGGCGCGGGCCAGGUGUGGACGUGGCUGCAGAACCUGGUCGGCGUCUCCAACCAGCUCUCGUGGCUCUCGAUUGGCGUCUCGUCGGUGCGCUUCCGCCGCGCCCUCAUCGUGCAGGGCAAGCUGUCGACGCUGCCCUACCGCAACUGGACGCAGCCCUGGGGACCCUACGUCGUCAUCGUCAUGUCGACCUUUAUGAUCCUCGUCCAGGGCUGGUCGGCUUUCGAUCCCUUCAACGUCUCCGACUUCUUCAGCUACUACGUCGAGAUCCUCCUCAUGCUCCUCUGCUUUGCCGCGUGGAAGGUGUGGAAACGCACCCGCCUCGUCGCGCUCCACCAGGUCGACCUGUACACCGACACGAUGGCCUACGAGCGCAAGAUGAGGAGGAGCGAGAGGAUGGCCCAGGGCGAGGCGUUGGAGGAUGUCGCAGAGGAGGACGAGGAGGGCCAGGCUGAGGGCGAGGGCGAGGACGAGGGCGAGAAGGGAGCGACGAAGACGCCUACGACGACGCGGGAAAAGACGGUGCGGUGGUUCAAGAGAAUUGGCCAGUGGACGUUCUUCUGA